AUUCAUACUUAGGUAGCAUCUGCUGGAUUCACAUACCACUAUUAAGGCUAUAUUAUUGGCUUCUUCAUUUGAUUCAUUGCCUGCUCCCUACUUCAUCUAAUCAAAAUGCCUCUCAAAUUUUCUCCACCAGAGUACAUUCAGCGCGCAAAGGCGGAGUAUAAGAAGGGUCGGAAGGAGGAGGCAUUUGAACUCCUCCAAGAGGCUCUGAGGGUCUACCCCGAUCAAUGUGUCGACUUCCUUGACAUCAGCUCCGCGAUGCACUCUGCCGACGGCGACAAUGACCUUGCUCUGCAAGAAGCUCACCAGAUGAUGAAGAGAUGUCCCGGCGAGGGAAAGGGUUACCUUCGAGCGGGGAAAUUGUUGCAGGGGAGGUUCAAGGACAAGAAGGCACUUUCUUUGUACAAGUUAGGGUUGAAAUCAGUGCCUCGUAGAAAUUCGCACUACAAGGAACUUUGUCAAAUGCAUGACAGGCUUUCUAUGAAGAUAGGCCCCAAAGUCGAUCCCCUGAGGAACGUACCUCUGGAGGUGCUGGAGAUGAUAUUUCUUAAUCUCUCCUAUAAGGAGCGUCUGUUCUGCUUACAAGUGAGCAAAACAUGGCGUGACGGACUUUCUCAGGCCCAAACGCUAUGGAGAGAUAUCGAGCUACUCUCCAAGUCGAAAAGGAUCAAGCCCGGUACCGUUGAACGGCUUCUUCCGCGAACUGGCCUGAUCAACUCUCUGAGGAUUGGCACAAACUUUCUUUCGCGAUCUGCUAGAUCGUGUAUUCUAUCAAGGAGCCACCAGCUGCGGUCUCUGGAAGUCAGCGCCUCCUUUUCGGACUGGCAGACAUUCAUGAGCGAUAUGCGAAGCGUUCGAUUUCCGAAUCUCCAACGACUGACGUUGAAUAGCCCGAAUAUGAAUUUUAGCGAUCACGCCGUCUACAGUCUGCUUCAACAUAUUCCUAGCUUAAAAUGGCUCGACCUUAACGCGACAAUGGAGUUAGACCGUUCCAUACCUCUGCCAAGUCCAACUUUCUCAAGCCGAGAGCUAGAAGCUUUUACCAUCAGGCAUAUUUACUGUCCGGCCAACGAUUAUCUCGAGACAUGGUUGAACCUAUUUUGUCUAGUCAUACCAAAUGUCAAACUGCUUCGAUUGCCUAGCGUUAAUGGGGAUUCCCUACCAACUCGCUUUCUUUGCGACUUGUGCCCGCUGCAACGUCUGGAAUACUGCGAGCUUCCCCCGGGUACAUAUCCGAUUGUCCCUCCCACAGUAACGUUCCUUUCAAUCACGGACCUUGUGGUUUCGGAAGAUGGAUAUGAGUCGUGCCUUCAAGGUGACAUGAUGCCGAAUCUGCAAUGCCUACGCGUAUCGCACGCAGACGUCUCAUUAGAGGCUCUUAGGCGAAUACUACAUUUCCAGAGUCCCGAUGACGCCUCCCAAGAAACACACAUCAAGUUGACGGAGUUCGUUCUGCGUGAAGUUACGCUUUGCUUUACUUCCCCAACUAACGACGGGAAUCCUGUCCUGCAAAUGUUUCAAUGGAAAACGUUCGAGUCCGUCGAGAUUUUGAUUCUUCAAAACGGGGACUUUUUCGGGGUUGACGACGAAGCAAUACUCGAAUUGACAAGCCAAGCCUCCAAUCUUCAAAGAGUGGAUUUGACCAAUACCGCAAUCACCGGCGUCGCUGUUCGCGCCCUCGUCAAGAACUGCCCGAAGUUGGAGUAUCUUUGCCUCAACGAUUGCAGAUAUGUUCCACCCGAUGCCAUAAAUCUAGCACGCAAACAUGUCCGCGAGGUCUCCAGUAAGAUUAAUCAAUGGUGACCAAUGCCAUACAAUACUCUCUCAUGGAAUCAUAAGACCCAUUGGACUUCCUGAGAGGGUGCUGGACAGCGUAUCUUCAUUACUAUAGGCGUAUCUGCUAGGGAGGGGAUGGGAAACAUUCGCGUUGGUCGCGGAAGGAAAGUGAU